UGCUGCUGCUGCCGCUGCCGCUGCCACUGCUGCUGCUGCGGGGGUCGGGCGGCGGCCGGGGGAUUCGGGCAGGCACCGCGGAUCCCCGGGAAGGGGACGAGUUGACAGAUGUGCGUGAGGAGGUCUCUGGUCGGCCUCACCUUUUGUACCUGCUACCUGGCUUCUUACCUCACGAACAAGUAUGUGCUGUCUGUCUUGAAAUUUACCUACCCUACAUUAUUCCAAGGGUGGCAGACGCUCAUUGGUGGACUUUUGCUUCAUGUGUCCUGGAAACUGGGCUGGGUAGAGAUCAACAGCAGUUCAAGAUCUCAUGUUCUUGCGUGGCUUCCUGCUUCAGUGCUGUUUGUGGGUAUAAUCUAUGCUGGGUCCAGAGCAUUGUCCAGACUGGCCAUUCCUGUGUUUCUCACUUUGCAUAAUGUAGCUGAAGUUAUCAUCUGUGGGUACCAGAAGUGUUUUCAGAAAGAGAAAACAUCUCCUGCAAAGAUCUGUAGUGCCCUCUUCCUCCUGGCCGCAGCAGGAUGCCUUCCCUUCAAUGACUCGCAGUUUGAUCCAGAUGGAUAUUUUUGGGCUAUAAUUCACUUACUCUGUGUAGGGGCUUAUAAAAUUCUACAGAAGUCCCAGAAACCCAGUGCAUUAAGUGACAUUGACCAGCAAUACUUAAACUAUAUAUUCAGUGUGGUGCUGCUGGCAUUUGCAUCUCAUCCCACAGGUGAUCUCUUCAGCGUCCUGGACUUCCCACUCCUGUACUUCUACAGAUUCCAUGGUAGCUGCUGUGCCAGUGGAUUUUUGGGAUUCUUUCUCAUGUUCAGUACAGUGAAGCUAAAAAACCUUCUGGCCCCAGGGCAGUGUGCAGCCUGGAUUUUCUUUGCUAAGUCCUGGAAGACAAUCAUGGAUAGGCUCCUUAUUUCCUUCCUGGAGGCUGUGCAGGUGUCCAGAGCUCAAGUGACUUACACAAGGGGACUCAGUCGAUCCGAGGUGAUAGAGAAAGGAAGAUAGACAAAUGGCCAGGUUGGGGCAUUUCUAUGAAACCUUAGAAAAGGGAUUAUUCUAAGAACAACCUCUGUGUAUCCGAAUGACUAUGGGGGAAGCAUAAGAUAAAGUGGUGGGGGAACCACAAAGAAACAGAAGGAGCGGGGAAGUGGCUGUGGGAUGGCCAAUCUUAACUGAAACAUGGUGGGGCCAACUUCUGUUGGCACGUUUCAUUUCCUUAGUGCCUGUGAGGGAGGCAAGUUGUAGAGCUCUAGAUGCUGCUUUCAAGGAGUAAGCCUCCUUAAUUAAUUAAAUUUAAUUUAAUGAAAUCAUUAUUUAACUUGGGCUUUUAGUCAUCUUUGUGUUUUAUGGGUUGAAUUUUCUCCAGAAAAAAACCUCAAACAUUUUGCUUUGAAAAUAAGAUUUUUAAUGAGAUUUUCAUCCCCAUGCAUUUUUUUUUGUUUGUUUUUUUGUUUUUGUUUUGUUUUAUUUUGAGACAGGGUCUCACUCUGUUGCCCAGACUGGAGUGCAGUGGCAUGAUCUCAACUCAUUGCAACCUCUGCCUCCCAGGCUCAAGCAAUCCUCCUGACUCAGCCUCCCAAGUAGCUGGGAUUACAGGUGUGUGCCACCACACCCAGCUAAUUUUUGUAUUUUUAGUAGAGAUGGAGUUUGACCAUGUUGGCCAGGCUGUUCUCAAACUCCUGACCUCAAAUGAUCCACCCACCUCAGCCUCCCAAAGUGCUAGGAUUACAGGUGUGAGCCACCGUGCUCGGCCCACAUGGCCUAUUUUUUAAUAGCAUUAAUAAUUCCAAUUCUAGCAGAAUGUAAAAAGUAGCUGAGAUAUUGAUUUCUGGCAUGACAGAGUGAGGAGGCUGAUGAAACCUCUACCCAAAAAACAGCUAGAAAGCUGGAAGAAAACUCAAAAACAUCCAUUUCAGGUCCCUAAAAAUUGACCAAAUACAUGCAAUAAACUGAGACGCAUUUGUUCCUGAAAACUUUUAACCUUUGGGUAGGAACAGAACGAAUCUGUGGUGUUCUUGCCUAUCAUCACUCCCAUUCCCUCCUCCCCAGUGUGAUAGUUCAACCAGAGCAGGCUAGGCUGUGAAGACCAGCAGCCUUACCACCACUUCCAAGAGGGGUUCACUCUGUUUGGAGAUUGUCUGUUAAAUAGGCCAACUCGGUGGUGCAUGAACACAAAAGGCCAGUAGCUUUACUAGCUUGAGUUGAUAGUCCUCUUUGGAACAAGCAGUGGACCAGUGGUCUAGUGGGGGACUUAAUAGGUAGUUCUGAGAGAUGAGACAGCUAUCAGGGGCUUGAUUUUUUUUAAUAUGUCCCAGAUUGAACUUAGUCUGUGUAUAUGAGCAGUAGUGAUGGAACAGGCUUACAUAUUCCUGGCCAGCAGAGCCUGCAUACACACACAGAGGAGCUGUGAAAGAGCUAGCAGAAAGUAAAAGCCAGGGCAGAUGUGAAAACAGCCUGGGGUUUGAAUGUGCUCUCCCAGCCCGCACACAGAGUCAGGAUCAGGGAGAAGCCUUUCUGGCCCAAGGUGUUGGAGCAAAAUUUCUGACUAGUCUUUGCCAGAACACUAAGCUAUGCAGACAUGAGGAUGACCCUUAGACACCAGAUUUAAAAAUAAAAACAAGAAAAAAAUUUGAGUAAAGACAUCAGCAGCUGUAGCUUAUAUGGGAGACAGAUUUCACAUUCACAAUUUAGUCCAGGAAAAUCACUAAAUAAGCAAAACAACAAUAACAACAAAUCUUGUGGGGAAAGUCAGAUUUCAGAGUUGCUACCGUAUGUUAUGUAAAAGGUUCAGUAUUCAACAAAAACAUGAGAGACAUUCAGAGAAGCAAAAUGUGAUCUGUGUGUAGUAAAAAAGUGGUCAGUAGGAACUAUCUCUGGGUGUCUGUCCUCAGAAGUAGGAUUUAGCCUAAAGAGUCUACAGAGCAGCUAUUUAAAUUUAUUCAGAAAUCAAAAGGAAACCAUGUUUAAAGAAUUGAAGCAAAGACUCAGUGAAUACAGAAUCUCAAUAAAGAGAUAUAAAUUAUUUACAGAAAGGAAAAGAAAGAACCAAAUGGAAAUUCUAGAGGUAAAAAGUACAAUAACUGAACUGAAAGUGCUCUAGAGGAACUCAACAGAUUUGACAUGGCAGAAGAAAGAAUAAGUGAACUGGAAGGUAAAGCAAAUGAAAUAAUUCAAUCUAAAAAAAUAGGUUUUUGUUUUGUUUUGUUUUGUUUUUUGAGACGUAGUCUCGCUCUGUCGCCCAGGCUGGAGUGCAGUGGUGUCAUCUCAGCUCACUGCAACCUCCACUGCCUGGGUUCAAGUGAUUCUCCUGCCUUAGCCUCCCGAGUAGCUGGGACUACAGGUGCGUGCCACCAUGCCCGGCUGAUAUUUUGUAUUUUUAGUAGAGACGGGGUUUCACCAUGUUAGCCAGGAUGGUCUCGAUAUCUGACCUCGUGAUCCACCUGCCUUGGCCUCCCGAAGUGCUGGGGUUACAGGCGUGAGCCACCGUGCCCGGCCAAAAACAGGUUUUUUUUAAAUUGAAGAAAUGUGAACAGAGCCUCAGAGACCUGUGAGACAUCAAAUAUAGCAACAAACAUAUGUGUAAUAAGAAUCCCAGAAGAGAAGAGAGGGUUAGAACAAUAUUUGAAGAAAUCAAUUUGUUGAAAAAUAUUAAUUUACAGAUUCAGUAAGUUCAGUGAGUCCCAAGUAAGAUAAACAAAAAGAGAUUUAGACACAUUAUAAUCAAACUGUUGAAAGACAAAGGAGAAAAUCUUAAAAGUGGCAAGAGAGAAAUUAUUCAACAUACAUGGGGGAACAACAGUGCAAUUAGUGGCUAACUUCUCAUCACAAACAGUGGAGGCCAGAAGGCAAGUGGGGUGACACAUUCAACAUGCUGAAAGAAAAACCUGUCAACCAAGGAUUUGAUAUACAGCAAAACUAUUCUUCAAAUAUGAAAGAGAAAUAAAAACAUUCCUAGAUGAAUAAAAACUAAGAGAUUUGUUGCUAGCAGCCAUAUCCGUAAUUACAUUAAAUAUGAAUAGACUAAAUACCUGACAAAAAAUAGAGAUUGUCAUAUUGGAUUUUUAAAAAACAAAAUCCAGCUAUAUGAGCUAUAUGCUAUCUAUAACAGUUAUACCUUAAAGUAAAAGACACAAGUAGGCUGGAAGUAAAAAGAUGGAAGAACCACACAGACAGUUACCAUAAGAGAGCUGGGUAUAGUGGCUAUAUUAAAAUAAGACAAAAUAGACUUUAUAACAGGAAAUAUUACUAGAGAAAAAAUAGGGACAUUUAAUAAUGAUAAAAGUGUUAAUGCACUAGGAAGAUAUAACAGUUCUAAAUAUAUAUACACCUAAAACAGCACCCCAAGAUAUGUGAAACAACAAGUAAUAGAAAAGAUAAAUAGAUUAUUUAACAAUACUGAUUGGAGAUUUCAAUACUGCACUCUCAGCAGUUGACAGAACAACUCAGUAGAAAAGCAUGAAUAUAGAAGUACAUAGAAGACUUGAACAACACUAUCAACGAAUUGACAUAACUGACAUUUAUGUGACACCCCACCAAUUGAUUUCAGAAUACACAUUCUUCUCAAGUGCACAUGGAAUAUUCUCCACAAUACAUAGUAUGCUGGUUGACAAAACAACUCCCAAGUUUUAAAAGAUUGAAAUCAUAUGAAGUAUGUUCUCUGACCAUAGCAGAAUUAAAUUUGAAAUUCACAAUAGAAAAAAAUCUAGGAAAACCCCAUUUAUUUGGAAAUUAAAUAUACUUCUAAAUAGUUUGUAGGUCAAGGAAGAAAUUACAAUGGAUAUUAAAAUUUUUCAAUCAAAUGAAAACAGAAAUACAACAUAUCAAAAUUUAUAGAUGCAGCUAAAGUAGUGCUUGAAGGGAAAUUUAUAUCUGUAAACACCUAUAUCAGAAAUGAAUGAAGGUCUCAAAUCAAUAACUUAUGCUUCCAUCUUAAGAAACUAGAAAAGAAGAAAGGGCAAACUAAAUUCAGAGUAAGCAGAAGGAAGGAUGUAAUAAAGUUUAAUGUGGAAAUUAAUGAAAUAGAAAACAGAAAAAUAAUGUAGAAUAUUAAUGUUGAUUCUUUGAAAACAUCAGCAACAUUGACAAACCUCUGGCUAGACUGACCAAGAAAAUAAGAGAAAAGAGGCCAGGCAUGGUGGCUCAUGCCUAUAAUCCAAGCACUUUGGGAGGCCAAGGCAGGAAGAUCACUUCAGCCCAGGAAUUCAAGACCAGCCUGGGUAACGUAGUGAAACCCCAUCUCUACAAGAAAAAAAUUUUAAAUGAUUAGCUGAACAUGGUGUCACAUACCUGUAAUCCUAGCUACUUGGGAGGCUGAAAUGGGAGGAUCACUUGGGAGGUCAAGGAUGCAGUGAGCCGUGAUCACGCCACUGCACUCCAGCCUGGGUGACAGAGUGAGACCCUGUCUCAGAGAGAGAGAGAGAUAGGAGAGAAAAGAGAGAGAGAGAGAUGCAAAUUAUCAAAAUUGGAAAUGAAAAAAAUGAUGUUACUACCGAUCCUAUAGAAGCUAAAAGGAUUGUAUAUUGUAGAUAACUUCAGAUUUUGAAUAACUUCAUGACAGAAAAUUAGCCAAUUUGGAUGAAAUGGGCAAAUUCCCAGAAAGGCACAAAUAAAGAAAACUGACUCAAGAAGAAAUGAAAAAUCUGAAUACAUCCAUAACAAGUAAAUAAAAAUAAGUAAUUUAAAAUCUUUCUUAGGUUUUUAGGAAAAGAAAAGCUCAGCCCCAGUUGGCUUUAUUGAUGAAUUCUAUCAAAUAUUUAAAGAAGAAAUGUUUUAAAACAAAUUCUUUUAGAAACUAAAGGAAGAGGGAAUAACUCCCAAGUUAUUCUGUGAGGUGGGUUACCCAGCUGUAAAGCCAGAUAAAACAAAUAAUAAGAAAAUUACCAAUAUUCCUCAUGAACAUAGGGACAAAUAUAUUAGCAAAAUCUUAGCAAACCAAAUUUGGCAACAUAUAAAAAGAAUUAUACACCAUAAUCAAGUGAGAUUUAUCUCAGGAAUGCAUAGUUGGUUUAACAUACAAAAAUUAAUUAAUGUAAUACCUUGUUUUCACAGAAUAAAGAACAAAAAUACAUGAUCAUUUCAAUAGGUUCAGAUAAAUCAUGACAAAAUCUAGCAUCUAUUCAUUAUAAAAACUCUCAAAAAACUAGUAAUAUAAGAGAACCUGAUAAAAUCUGUGAAAAUCCUAUAACUAACAUUAUCUUUAACAGGGGAAGACUGAAUACUUUCCCCCUAAGAUCAGGAGCAACAUAAGAAUGUCCACUUUCACCAUUUCUAUUGAAAAUUGGAAUGGAGUUUUUAGGAAUGCAAUAGGCAAUGCAAUAGGAAAAAAAAAAGCAUCCAGAUUGGAAAGGAAGAAGUAAAAUUGUCUUUAUUCACAAAUGAGACCAUCAUAUAUAUAGAAAAUCCCAAGGAAACUAUAAAAAUAGUUGAAGGCAGGGUGUGGUGGCUCAUGCCUAUAAUCCUCACACUUUCGGAGACUGAAGUGGGAAGAUCACUUGAGACCAGCCUGGGCAACAUAGUGAGAUCCUGUCUCUACAAAAAAUAAGAAAAGUAGUCUGGCAUGGUGGCAUGUGCCUAUAUUCCCAGCUACUCAAGAGGCUGAGGCAGGAGGAUCGCCAGAGCUCAGGAGUUUGAGGAUGCAGUGAGCUAUUGUCACCACUGCACUCCAGCCUGAGUGACAGAGCAAGACCUUGUCUCUUAAAUAAAUAAAUAAAACUAGUUUUACUUUAAAAAUAUUUUUUUUUUUGUAGAGAUGGGGUCUUAUGUUGCCCAAGCUAGUUUCAAACUCCUGGCCUCAAGCAAUCCUCCCAUCUCAGCCUCCCAAGGUGCUGGGAUUACGGGUAUGAGCCAGUGCACCCAGCUCAAAGUUUUAUAUAUUAGUAAUGAAAAGUCAUGUUUAUUAAAAUAAAAUUAAGAAAACAAUUCCAUUCACAAUAGCAUCAAAAUGGAAAAAAUACUUUGGAACUUAACAAAGAAGUAUCACAUUUAUACAUUGAAAACUAUAAAACCUUUUUGAGAGGAAUUAAAUAAAAUCUUAAAAAAUCAAGAGAUGCAAUAUUGUUAAGAUGGAAAUUUUUGCUAAAUUGAUUCAGUGUAAUCCCUGUCAAAAUCCCAGCAGGCUUUUUUUCUGGUAGAAAUUCACAAAUUUAUCUAAAAUUUAUUUGGAAAUGCAAUAGCCAAAACAAUGUUGACAAAGAUAAAGUUGGGGGACUUCAAUUAUGUGAUUUGAAAAUUUAGUACUAAGCUGGAAUAAUCAAGACAUUAUGGUAUUGGUGUAGGGAUAGGCAUUUAUGGUCAAUUGAUUUUCAACAGA